GUGGGGUGACCGUCUAGCUGAGACCCUGCCCUGAGUGCUCAGCCUACAGAGAGAGGCUUGUGGGUCACUGUGAUCUGGGGACUUGUGGUGGGAGGACUGUCUGUUCUGUAAGGAAUGCCUCAGUGGGAGAGCCAGAGAGGAUGUUGGGUCACCCCUUGCUUUGUAUCCUUAGGCAAAUCACUUAGCCUCUCUGGGCCUCAGUUUCCUUACCUGUAAAGUGAAUGGGCUGAAAUACAUUCCUUUGAGUUUUUUUUUAAGUUUCUGCUGUGUGCCAGGCUUUGUUCUAGGCACCGGGCCAUUAUGUGGCAGCAGUGAAUAAAACAGACUGAAAUUCCUGCCCUCGUGGAGUUGCCUGUAGCAGGUGGUUUUUCUGACGUAGUCUUUGGAGGCAGAUUUCUGGCAGUGGGGUUGGGAAAGACUGAAUAGCUAGAGUUCCAACCCCAUCCCCCAACUCAACAAUAGCAUCUCUGCAUUUAUGGCAGCUUAUUGGGGAUGCCCAUAAGAUAGCUUUUAAUAAGAGCUCUACUGCUUAAAGCAGAGUUCAUCACUAUCUCAGCACGUCCUAAAGUCCCUUCCCCUUGACUUAACUGCCUAUGUCCCCUGGAAGUGUGUGGCCAAAGCUAACUUUCUAGAGGUUUCUCCAAAGCCUGGGUCUCUAGUCUUGACAGGGUUGUGAGGGCUCCAUGCAUGGGUGGCCACACCUGAACCCCAUUUCUUGGGUACCUCUGUGGUGAGAUUCCCCCCGCCCCCAACCUCUGGGCUUCAGGGCAAGUUCUCUGAGCUGUCCCAGGAGGACACUGGACUUGUCCCCUGAGUUUCUAGACCAGCAGGGGUAGGAAGUAGCUCCUGCCACGAGACUGGGGCUUGGGGAGGGAGGGUUCCCUCAGAGUGCUGUAGCCCUAAGACACACCUUAGCCCUGUGCACAAGAAGGGGUCCCCUAGACUGCAUGAAGACAUCUAAUUAUCCUCACCCACACCUGGGAGUUUGGGGUGCCAGAAGGAUGGAUUUGAAGGGCCUGGGAGAUGUGCACAUGUGUGUGCACCCACUUGCACACCAGGGCAAGAGACGCAGGGUAUGGGGAGAUGGAGCUGGGCCUCGGGGUGGAGAGGAGGACAGGUGGUGUGGCCCCUGUGCCCUGGGGAAGUGGAUACAGGGUGAGCACGAUGGAAGGAAGGUGUCAGAGAGGUCUCGGGAGGGCCCUGGAGGCCCAAGAGUGGGAGCCACUCCCCCUCUUCCCCUCACCUCUGUGUUGUUUUUGGCGACCUGCCCAGUAGGGCCUUGGUUGAGCUGCUGCUGGCCUCACAGCUCUGGGGCCUCAAAGUAAGGGCCUCAGGAGGGCAAGCGGGUAGGGUCUGGAGGCUGGUGGCAGGAACCACACAGCCAGGCUCCUAGGCUCUGGCAAGGUGCCCUGUGCCCCAGGGGAAAUGCCUGUGGAGGAAGAGAUUCCUUCCUUUAGCCCCAAAGGGGACUGGUACAUUGUGUAGGCAAGGACACAGAGUGACAGGGUCCUGGGACUCCUUGUGAAGCCCUGGCCCCGAGCCUGCCCUCCCAGUCCUCUGAAAAGCUGGGAAAGCUGGUACAAAAACAAGAUCACAAGGUGAUGUUUGUAGAUUCUAGAGGUUAUGAAAUACCAUAAGCCCUCGAUUCCCCAUGAGAUGGGUAUUGCUAUAUCUACUUCACAGAUAAGGAAACCGACACUCAGAGAUGAUUAGUUACUUGCCCAAGGUCACACAGCCAUUAUGUUCCUGUCCUUUCCCCUCCACUCCUACACUUGGCUGCCCAUCAGAAUUACCUAGUGAUUGUUCUGAAAGCACAGAUUCUCUGUUCUCCCUCAGAAUUAGAAUAAUCGUCACAGAGAUCUUGAGACCCUGCGAAUCAGAAAGUUCUCCAGGUGACUCUAAAGCAGUCCUCAGAAGGGAAGCUGGGAAUUCCUGCUCGGUAUCACAGAGGGGCAAAGGAAACUGAUGGAAAAGGAGGUGUCAGGGCUCCCCUUUUUCCUUCUGGUGGGUGGCUGGAGCCUUCUGGCUGGCCAAAGAGAGAUGCUCCCUUAGCCUCCUCCAUUUGCUAUGUGGUCACUGGGGGGUUGGCAUUCCCUGCCUGCCCUGGUCCUCUUGACAGAGCAGGUGGCUGGGAGGAGAAGGGUGCAGUUGCCCUGGCCUUGCCCCUGCCCUCCCUCCCUCCCCUGCUCCCUUUUCUGAGCUGUCUCCUUCUCUGGCCAGAGGAAAUGGAGUGGGCUGAGGGUGGCCCAAUGAGCUCACAUCCUCUGCCUGAGCCUAAAUCAGGAGCGACCCUUCCACCCCCAGAGCCGGGCCGGGAAGAAGGCUGUGCUGCAGGGGAAGUGGCUGGAACCACUGCCAGGAACCAGGACCCUCCGCCCUCCAGCCAAGGUCCCUAGCCCAGUCACUCUGAGCCUCUCUCCCCCACCGCCUUUCCGGCCAUUGUUCUGGAAAGAACAGAGCCACCCAGCCUGGCCCUGCCCCUGUUCCUGUCUGUCCCUCCUGUCACAUUGUCCUGCCACUCCCCGGAGGGACUGUAUCUCACUGCUGAGCUGCCCCAUCCCGGACUGGCCAGGACUGGCAGCAGGUGGAGGGACUUUUCUCCUUCCUGCCAACCUCAUCGUCUUCCGUGAGGCUCACAGAGAGCUCCUCGGCUCCACGAAGAGACUCAACGUCAACUACCAGGAUGCUGAUGGAUUCUCUGCUCUCCAUCAUGCCGCCUUGGGGGGCAGCCUGGAGCUCAUAGCCUUGCUGCUGGAGGCUCAGGCCACCGUUGACAUCAAGGACAGCAAUGGCAUGCGCCCACUGCACUACGCUGCCUGGCAGGGCCGGCUGGAGCCAGUGAGGCUUCUGCUGCGCGCCUCUGCGGCCGUCAACGCCGCCUCGCUGGAUGGGCAGAUCCCGCUGCAUCUGGCCGCCCAGUAUGGACACUACGAAGUGUCAGAAAUGCUUCUCCAGCAUCAGUCCAACCCGUGCCUGGUCAACAAGGCAAAGAAGACGCCCCUGGAUCUGGCCUGCGAGUUUGGGCGGCUCAAGGUGGCCCAGCUGCUUCUAAACAGUCACUUGUGUGUGGCGCUGCUGGAGGGUGAGGCCAAGGACCCCUGUGACCCCAACUACACCACGCCCCUGCACUUGGCUGCCAAGAAUGGCCACAGAGAGGUCAUCAGGCAGCUCCUUAGAGCCGGGAUCGAGAUCAACCGCCAGACCAAGACCGGCACGGCACUCCACGAGGCUGCGCUGUAUGGCAAGACAGAGGUGGUGCGGCUGCUGCUGGAGGGCGGGGUGGACGUGAAUAUCCGGAACACAUAUAACCAGACGGCUCUGGACAUCGUCAAUCAGUUCACCACCUCCCAGGCCAGCCGAGAAAUCAAGCAGCUCCUGCGAGAGGCCUCAGGGAUCCUGAAGGUCCGAGCGCUGAAGGAUUUUUGGAACCUCCAUGAUCCCACUGCUCUCAACAUCCGGGCAGGAGACGUCAUCACGGUGCUGGAGCAGCAUCCCGAUGGCCGCUGGAAGGGUCACAUCCACGAGAGCCAGAGGGGCACGGACCGGGUGGGCUACUUCCCCCCAGGCAUCGUGGAGGUGGUCAGCAAGCGGGUGGGCGUCCUUGCGCCCCGCCUCCCAUCUGCCCCCACCCCCCUGCGUGCAGGCUUCUCCCGGACACCACAGCUCCCUGCUGAGGACCCCCUACACCCUUUGACCUAUGGCCAAGUCCCUCGGGUGGGCCUCAGCCCAGACAGCCCAGCAGGUGACAGGAAUAGCGUGGGCAGCGAGGGCAGCGUGGGCAGCAUCCGCAGUGCCGGCAGCGGGCAGAGUUCCGAGGGCACCAAUGGCCAUGGCACUGGCCUUCUUAUCGAGAAUGCCCAGCCGCUGCCUUCCCCGGGAGAGGACCAGGUGCUGCCGGGCCUGCACCCCCCAUCCCUGGCAGACAACCUGAGCCACCGCCCUCUGGUUAACUACCGCUCUGGGGAGCAGCUCUUCACCCAGGACGUGAGGCCAGAGCAGCUGCUGGAGGGGAAGGACGCGCAGGCCAUUCAUAACUGGCUGAGUGAGUUCCAGCUGGAGGGCUACACCACCCACUUCCUGCAGGCUGGCUACGACGUGCCGACCAUCAGCCGCAUGACUCCCGAGGACCUGACGGCCAUCGGCGUGACCAAGCCUGGCCACAGGAAGAAGAUCGCCUCGGAGAUUGCUCAGCUCAGCAUCGCCGAGUGGCUGCCCAACUACAUCCCGGCGGACCUGCGGGAGUGGCUGUGCGCGCUAGGGCUGCCGCAGUACCACAAGCAGUUGGUGAGCAGCGGCUACGACUCCAUGGGGCUGGUGGCCGACCUCACCUGGGAGGAACUGCAGGAGAUCGGGGUCAACAAGCUCGGUCAUCAGAAGAAGCUUAUGCUGGGAGUGAAGCGACUGGCCGAGCUCCGGCGGGGCCUGCUUCAGGGGGAGGCCCCAGCGGAAGGCGGCCGCCGGCUAGCCAGAGGCCCGGAGCUGAUGGCUAUCGAGGGGCUGGAGAAUGGGGACGGUCCGGCUGCAGCUGGCCCACGCCUCCUCACCUUUCAGGGCAGCGAGCUAAGCCCAGAGCUACAGGCAGCCAUGGCUGGGGGUGGCCCUGAGCCACUCCCCCUGCCCCCUGCCCGCUCCCCCAGCCAGGAGAGUAUUGGAGCACGCUCUCGAGGGUCUGGUCAUUCACAGGAACAGCCUGCCCCCCCAUCUAGUGGUGGAGACUCCAGCACGCCCCAGGAGAGGAACCUUCCAGAGGGCACAGAGCGACCCCCUAAGCUUUGUUCCCCACUUCCUGGCCAAGGGCCCCCCCCUUACGUGUUUAUGUAUCCCCAGGGCCCACCCUCCAGCCCAGCCCCAGGGCCACCUCCUGGUGCACCUCGUGCCUUCUCUUACUUGGCUGGUCCCGCUGCCACUCCUCCGGACCCGCCUCGGCCCAAGCGCCGGUCCCACAGCCUGAGCCGCCCUGGCCCUGCUGAGGGGGAAGCAGAGGGGGAGGCUGAAGGGCCCGCGGGCAGUGCCUUGGGCAGCUAUGCCACCCUCACGCGGCGACCAGGACGCAGUGCCCUAGCGCGGACCAGCCCUAGCCCGACCCCAGCUCGAGGGGCUCCCCGCAGCCAGUCCUUUGCCCUUCGUGCCCGACGCAAAGGCCCGCCACCCCCACCCCCUAAACGCCUCAGCUCCGUCUCCGGCCCCACCACGGAGCCGCCUCCUGUAGAUGGAAGCCCGGGGCCGAAGGAGGGGGCCUCUGUGCCCCGAAGGCGAACACUGAGUGAACCAGCAGGCCCCUCGGAGCCCUCCGGCCCAACUGCCCCAACUGGCCCCGUGUCGGACACAGAGGAGGAGGAGCCAGGGCCAGAGGGGACGCCCCCAUCUCGGGGCAGCUCAGGGGAGGGGCUCCCAUUUGCGGAGGAGGGGAACCUGACCAUCAAACAGCGGCCGAAGCCAGCAGGCCCCCCACCCCGGGAGGCGCCUUUGCCUGCCGGCCUGGAUUUCAACCUCACGGAGUCAGACACUGUUAAGCGGAGGCCCAAAUGCCGGGAGAGAGAGCCGCUGCAGACGGCACUUCUGGCCUUCGGAGUGGCCAGUGCCACGCCCAGCCCCUCUGCCCCCCUGCCCUCCCAGACCCCCAGCGAGCCCUCCUCCUCAGCUGCUCCCAGCCCUCCCCGGCCUGACCCUAGCAGCCUUCCAACUCAGGGAGCUCCAGCCCCUCUUUCUCCCAACCCCCCAUCCCAGCCCCCCGCACCGCCCGGCCCUGGGCCUGCUCUGGAGAACGUGGCAGGCAGUCGGCGGCCCGGGGAGACGGAGCCCCCUGCUUCCCCUGCUGCCCUCAUCAAGGUGCCAGGCGCAGGAACGGCCCCCAAGCCUGUGUCUGUGGCCUGCACCCAGCUGGCAUUUUCUGGCCCUAAGCUGGCUCCCCGGCUUGGUCCCCGCCCCGUGCCUCCUCCAAGGCCAGAGAGCACUGGGGCCAUGGGCUCCGGCCGGGCCCAGCAGAGGCUGGAACAGACCAGCUCAUCCCUGGCAGCUGCGUUAAGGGCCGCAGAGAAGAGCAUUGGCGCUGAGGAGCGAGAGGGCCCUCCCGGCACCUCCACCAAGCACAUUCUGGAUGACAUCAGCACCAUGUUUGACGCCCUGGCUGACCAGCUGGAUGCCAUGCUGGACUGAGAGCUUCUGGUGGCCUUCAGCCGCGCCCAGCGUGACCUGCAGGGCCUGCUGCCUUCGCCCCGGCGCAGAAGCUCAUGCUGCCUGAGCGGGGUCCGUCCUGCCACUCCAGGCCCGCGGCUGUCAGCGCUGCAGCGCCGGCGGUGGGGGGGGGGGCAGUCUCCCCGGGAGGCUGAGGGGACUUGUCAGCAGCUGACAUCUCAGCAGAGCCCCCUCCCGGUGUGUAACCUGACCAGACAGCCCUGCCCCGUGGACAGGGACCUGGCAGGAGCUUCCUUCCCUGGGAGAAAGAGGUGGCUGCAGGGCUCCUGGGGUGUUCCCCCUGCCCUUCCCCACCUCCAGGGUCUCCAGUCCCUUGCCAAGGACCUCCUGACACCUGCUAUGCUGUCUGGGCACACAAGAAGGCUGCAGGAGGCUGUGUCUGACCGGGCUGCACAGGUGUACACAGGCCAUGUAAAUCAGGGGCCAGGGGCUUGCUCUCCGAGGUGGCGGCUGAGCCCCAGCCGACCCUGCCCCUGCCGGCCCUCAGUGAGGCAAAGGUGGCAGGGUGGGGCCAGGGGGAUUAACAGAUUCCUGAAGUCCAACCUUUUUCAACUGUAAAUGUUAUUUUUUAAGCAGAGAGAAAUGCAUAUAUUUUAAAUGGAAUUUAUUCUAUCUAUAACCGCCUGAGAGGACACGGGGAAGGGGCUUUAGGCCACCGCAAGAGUGUGCAUGGCUCACCUUGGGGCUGGAAGCCUGAUCUGGGUGGCCCAGGCCCCGGCUCUGUAACCAUUAACCUCUUAUCCCAACUAACCCCAAUGAAAGUGUCAUUCCACGUGA